AUGCACAAUGCAAACCACAUCUUCAACGCUAUCCAUGCUUCAAUGCGCCUGUGGGGCUCAUCACUUCAUCACAAUGGCAUGUCAUUCUUCCUGGCCGCCGUCCCCGAAGGCAUCCAACUCUAUCACGGAAACGCCCGGUCAGACCCUAUCGAGAAGAUCGGGUGGAUGGCCUUUGAACCUGAUCAUGCGAUGGUCUUUGCUCGUCCGUCUCGACGACCGUCUCCGUCUAUGCCUUCGGACCAGCAUCUGCAGCAUACCAUGGCGGCAGAGGAUUCGCCUGCGGAUGAUUCAGGCUUCCUGCAUACGUUCCUAACUGCCAAGGAGUUGCGUCUUGUUUAUAUUGAUGGUACCUCUGCGGGAAAAUCGCGGAUUGGUACUUUGGAUUCCCAGGAUCGGAUCUUGUUCAAUGAUACCCUGCAUGGUGGGGUAGGGAUGGAAGAUCAGCGGGCCAAGGCUGUUUGUCGUAUUGCGCAGACGGAGUGGGAGGGACGGGUUGAUGGUGUUAUUCGUAUGGCUGCUGGCUUUGAGAUCAUUCUAUGUGAUCCUGAGGUGAACCUGGUACCUGUGCAGGUGACCCAGGUCAGACACCCUGGUUUUAAAGGUGGACCAAACAAGGGUGGGAAAGGAAAGCCGAAGGGCAAGCCUGGUGAGCUUCUCAGAGCCGUCACGUCUCGGUUUCAUGGUAUUGGGGGUGAGCGCGUUCGAGUGCACUACGAUCAUUUUGUCACGGCUUAUAGCUACGAUCUUGACUUGUUCACUGGCGAUAGCAAGCUGCCGCGUUUGGCACACUUGUCCAGCGAAGAGUUACAGCCCAUCCGUGAUAAUUUGACGCAAUUAGUGCUGACGCAUGAUGCGAAUGACCGCUCGGUGAACUGGCAGGCCGUUGCGGACCUGAUUGUUGAGAAAUACGGUCGCUUUCUACAUGGUCUACUGUCGCGGAAGCAUCACCACGGUGACUCUGACCUUCGCGAGUCUAUAGUCGCUCAGAUCGACCGCCUCAUGGCGCCUUUUAUCGAUGUCCGAAGCGGAGAUGAGGAGCAGGCUAUUAAGCUCUGUUCUACACAGUUUGUUCCACUCCCCACGGGCAACUCUCCCCUUGCGCAAAGAGCAUUAUACGCUGUCAAUCACCGGAUAUGCUCGGCAUUAAUUGCUGUGAGGAACGAGACUGAGCCCCGGACUAUGGUCUCCACUAUUCGCGAGUUAAUGGACUAUCUGGACUGGACGGUGUGGAAGGAGUGUCGUGGGUAUCGUGACGAUGAGUUCUGUGCUAUCCCGAUCUGGCCGCAAGGAUCACAGAGGGAUUACCAUCACCCUCGGCCCCAGAAGUAUGAUGAGGCAUAUCAAGGGGAGAAUGAUUACUGGGGGCCUGUAUGGGACUGA